GCGUCCAGCCCCGGCUGCAGCCCUCCCUCCCUCCCCGGCCGCUGGUGCCGGCUGCGCGGCCACGGAGAGCGGCGGAGGACCCGACCAUCUGAGGCGGAGCGGGGGUAGCCGCUAAGCCGCUUUGCUCGCCCCGCCAGCAGCAGGCCGCUCACGGCCGAAGGAGAGCGGACAAUGGAGGGUUGCGUCGCCGCGGCGGAGCGCGGCGUGUAGCGGGGCGCGGAGCAGCUCGGUGCCGCCGGCACCCACCGAACCGGACCGGAGCCCAGCCUGCGCUCCCCGGAGGAAUGUUCACCCUCACGGAAGUCGCCUCCCUGAAUGACAUCCAGCCGACAUACCGGAUACUGAAGCCAUGGUGGGAUGUCUUCAUGGAUUACCUCGGGAUUGUCAUGCUGAUGUUGGCCAUCUUUUCCGGCACCAUGCAGCUAACUAAGGAUCAAGUGGUCUGUCUUCCCAUCCUGGAGCAAACUCCAGAGGGGACAGAAGGCCUCCUGGAGCCACAACCACCAGAGCCCACUAACGGCUUGUGGAACAAAGAGAGUGCCAUCGGAGAGCAAGCUGCUCCUCUGAUGGCUAAACGGCCUCCUGAAAGCAUCGCCACAGCAAUUCACUUCGCACAGUCGGCGAGUUUGGGGCAGCCGCAGCCCACAGGGGUCAGGACCAAGCUGGACUUCCAGCAGUAUGUUUUUGUUAACCAGAUGUGCUAUCACGUUGCCCUUCCGUGGUAUUCCAAAUAUUUCCCGUACCUCGCUCUAAUUCACACAAUUGUACUAAUGGUCAGUAGCAACUUCUGGUUCAAAUACCCAAAGACAAGCUCUAAAGUAGAACAUUUUGUUUCCAUUCUGGGAAAAUGUUUCGAAUCACCGUGGACUACUAAAGCGCUGUCUGAGACGGCGUGCGAGGACUCGGAGGAAAACAAGCAGAGGCUGGCCGGGGCCUCCUCUCUCCAGAAGCACCUGUCCACAAGCAGCGAGGAGGGCAGUCCCAACCAGUCCGCCCCCAUGCUGACUAAAUCUGGGGUCACCUUUUCAGCCGAGAAGCUCGUGAGCGAAGUUCCCGCCAUGACUAUUCUGGACAAGAAAGACGGUGAGCAGGCCAAGGCCCUGUUUGAAAAAGUCAGGAAAUUCCGUGCCCACGUUGAAGACAGUGAUUUGAUUUACAGACUUUAUGCCAUUCAGACGGUUAUCAAAACGGUGAAGUUUAUACUGAUCCUGUGUUACACCAUGACCUUUGUGGCCUCGAUAGAUUUCGACCAUGUCUGUGAGCCUGAAAUAAAGCAUCUGACGGGUUAUGCUAAGUUCCAGUGUACACACAACAUGGCGUUCAUGUUGAAGAAGCUCCUCGUCAGUUAUAUUGCUCUCAUCUGCGUAUACGGAGUCAUUUGUAUAUACACUCUGUUCUGGCUUUUUCGGAGGCCGCUGAAGGAGUAUUCCUUUGAGAAGGUCAGAGAGGAGAGCAGCUUCAGCGACAUUCCCGAUGUCAAGAAUGACUUUGCAUUCCUCCUCCACAUGGUCGAUCAGUAUGACCAGCUGUACUCAAAGCGUUUUGGAGUUUUUCUCUCCGAGGUGAGUGAGAACAAACUCAGGGAGAUCAGCCUCAACCACGAGUGGACCUUCGAGAAGUUGCGGCAGCACGUAACGCGCAAUCCUCAGGAUAAGUUGGAACUCCACCUUUUCAUGCUGUCGGGAGUGCCAGAUGCCGUGUUUGACCUCACUGACUUGGAAAUCUUGAAAUUAGAAUUAAUCCCAGAGGCAAGGAUUACAGCUAAAAUCUCCCAAAUGAUAAACCUCCAGGAGCUGCACUUCUACCACUGCCCGGCAAAAGUUGAGCAGACCGCUUUUAUUUUCCUCCGAGAUCAUCUCCGGUGCCUUCAUGUCAAGUUCACAGACGUCGCUGAGAUUCCUAGUUGGGUGUACUUGCUGAAAACAUUGAGGGAACUGUACUUGGUGGGCAACCUUAACUCUGAGAACAACAAACUGAUAGGACUCGAGUCUCUCCGAGAUCUGAGGCACUUAAAAGUCCUGCAUCUGAAAAGCAACCUCACAAAGAUCCCAACCAACAUCACGGAUCUGUCCCCGCAUCUGCUCAAGCUGGUGAUUCACAACGACGGGACAAAACUCUUAGUGCUGAACACCCUGAAGAAAAUGAUGAACCUCGCAGAACUGGAGCUUCAUAACUGUGAGCUGGAGCGAAUCCCUCACGCCAUCUUCAGCUUGAACAACCUUCAGGAACUCGAUCUGAAAUCUAAUAACAUCCGUACCAUCGAGGAGAUCAUCAGCUUCCAGCACCUCAAAAGACUGACGUGCCUCAAGCUCUGGCACAAUAAGAUCAUCACUAUUCCCCUGUCGAUCAGCCACGUCAAAAACCUGGAGUCGCUCUAUCUCUCACACAACAAGUUGGAGUCUCUCCCUUCCCCCUUAUUCACCCUCCUGAAGCUGAGGUACCUGGACGUCAGCCAUAACUCUAUAGCGGUGAUACCGCUGGAGGUGGGCUUUCUGCAGAACCUCCAGCAUUUCGCAAUCACGGGCAACAAAGUGGAGGUGGUCCCGAAGCAACUGUUCAAAUGCACCAAACUGAGGACACUAUGUCUCGGUCACAACUGCAUUUCCUCCAUUCCCGAGAAGAUCGGCCAGCUGUCGCAGCUCACACACCUGGAAAUGAAGGGAAACUGUCUGGAUCGCCUCCCGGCUCAGCUCGGCCAGUGCUCUCUCCUCCGCAGGAGCUGCCUGAUGGUGGAGGAUCACCUCUUUGACUCACUCCCCAUCGAAGUCAAGGAGAGUAUCAAUCAGGAAGCUAGUGUCUCUUUUGCCAACGGGUGUAAGUGUCUGACCGAUGGACGGUAACAAGACCAUGUAAGCAAAUGUAAAGAAAGCGUAUUCAGCACACCAUUAGAAAUAAGUGGUGUAACAGAUCACAGACGAUCCAGGAACAACACAUUAUUUAUUUUGUUUAAGCAGAAUUGCAUGAACUACAUACUUCUGCAGGUACUCUUGAGAGUAAGCCUAAAUCUACACGCAGACUAAGGCUGCGUUUGCACUGCAAGUCUUGACGGACCAGAUUUGCUGCCUCAGUCUGAUUUUUUUGACCUUGUGGUUACAAGUAUUUGAUCAAGUGAUCCAUAUCUGAUUCUUCCAAUUACACUUACGCUUACUAUGUACUUGUAGUGUUUGCAAACAUCAGGCUACUUCAGAAACAAACGCAAACUACGACGCAAUGGAUGAUGGGAUAUUUGAUGCUGAAGUGGCGGAUGUCGUCAGAGGCAAAGCACCAUAACUGCACUUUGUGCACAUUGUAGUUCUGGCUGGGCAUGCUAAGAAUGAAUCACUGAGCUUUCAUAUAGGAAGUGAGAAUUCGGGCUUUAGUAACAUGAACACAGACUGUUGUUGUUGAUCACUUCUCACAUAACCUGCACUGAGCAGGGUAAUACCAACGGCGAUCAAUCAAUAAGAAACACAAAACCAAUGGGUAUAGUUCCAGUAAACAUAGAGGAAAUGUUCCGGGAAAUAACAUCCCAUAAUCCCUUGCACUGCCUGCCACUGCGUUGUCAUGUUAUUUCCACUUAUGAAAUAACAUGCGCACUGACAAGCGAUCUCAAAACAUCUGAAUCCAACAGCAGAUCUGCUCUGUGCCACAUCAGAACAAGGAAUCGGAAUUGGGUGAGAAUACAUUGAGAGUGGAAGAGAGGCCUAAACGUCCGGUGGUUUGAAAACGGCUCCUGAGAUGGACCUUUUGAAAAUGCUUCAACUCCUUCGUCCUGGAAAUAGGGGAACACGCAACCUUUCGAAAACACUCAGGCUCCGUCUCCGUGCAGACGGUGGAUGCCACUGGUCAUGAGCGCCACGUUAUGCGAAAAUAACUGUUUUGCACAUGCUCAGUAGAAGGACUGUUAGAAAAGUGUGUUCCUCCAGAGUGUCAUGACUCCCAGUCUGGAUUCUCCUGGACUUGGUGGUUUUAGAAUUCAAUAACCACUCCUGGUCGUCUGUCCAUGCCAAUGUCUCUGAACUCCCAUUCUUAAUGUUUGUAGCAAAUUGUUCUCUACGCACCUGUGGUUUCGUUAAAGAAACAGUCAACAGCACCCACUAGUGGCCAUACAGGAAAAGUGCAUCGUUUUCAGUGUUUUAGGCGUUUCGGUGUGAACAGAAACCAACUUCAAAACACUGCUCUGUAAAUGUGAAAGUUUUCUAAAAUGAAAAUGGAAAAACAAACAAUAAACGUAUAUUUGGAAUCAAUGGAACUAUACCAGGUUCUGGAUCUGUCGGAUUAGAAACUCUUAAAACUUUCAAGAGAAAUGAAAACAUCUCAUACUCAUUUGAGUCAUAUUUUGACUCCUCUUUUCAUCUCAUUUAUCUCAGAAAGGAGCCGAUCCAUGUGGGAUUUGCGCUCCGUUACUCUACUCUUAGAGUAGAGAGUAUGGCUGUUAGUGUAGAGUGGAAAGGAGCAGUAACACUACUGAACCAGAAAUAGUGUCAUGAUUGUUAUUAUUUUCUGUUAUGACUUGGACUCAUGUUUCCAUCUCAAUUCACUGUCGCAAAAUAUUUUGAUAUCUGUUGUAAAUAAGAGAAUUUAACUGCCUUUGAAAGUAACAUUUUCCUUCCUUAAGAUUCAAUCCAGUGAAAACUUCACCUACAGUGUAUUUUGACCAGUCAUUUUUUGAAAGCACUGAUGCCAUUUAUAUAUGUGUCAGUUUAACAUUAAAACAAUUGUGGCUCUCCCAAUUUAUUUAUGUUAUCCAUCUUAGCUCUGUGUUUUUACAUGUGGUCAAAACUAUUGUAGCACCUGGCUUUCCCAGAAAAAAUACUGUUUACAUCACCUCUAGUUCUUUCAGAGAACCUUUCCCUUUUUUUAAAUCAAGUAUUUAUGACUACUGCUCAGAUAUAGUUGCUGCUUCUUGCUGCUUCUGGAGACCGCGUUGCUUCCAUAGUUUGAAUAUACUCAGUAUUAAAAACAAAAAUGGAUUGUGCUCUAUUAGUAUUGAAGUAGCAUUUCACAAAAUUGCAGAUAUUUGUAGUUAUUAUAAAUCACACCACAGCUCUCAGACUGUCAGGUUAUUUUAUUGGGUUUAUUCCAAACGGGUCCAUUUAUUAGUUUUAUGCUGGAAUGAGAUAAUAUAAGCAAGUUUCAAUUAAUUUUGCUAAAAAAAAUCUGAAUAAGUUUCCAAAAUUGCUCCAAAAAAAAGGGGGGGGGGGGGGGGGGGGGGACUGGUGGCAGCCUCAUGAACAGAAUGAGAGCAGUUAAAGCAGACCUGGAGAGAGAACUGAACCAGUGUGUUGAAUAUAUGUUCUGUUCCCCACCUUGACCCUGGCUCAUACUAACAGAUGUGAAUCUGCUCUGUCGCUCCACUAAACCUCUUUUUGUAUCCAGUGUGAUGUUUUAUUUGAGUGCAAACCACAAUGCUUUCUUUAAUUUUGGUGUAGUUUUGAUGCCUAAACAUGACAGCAGCAAGCAAUGUGGCAUGCAUGAAUGUUUCCACGCACUGGCUGCUAGACUAUGCUAAAAUAUAUAUUUAUGGAAAAAAGAAAAAUCAGAUGUUGCUUCCGACCACCAUUUUAAAACACACUGAAGUAUUUUUUUUUUUUUUUUUGGGAAUAGAUGCAUUCCAUUGUCAGUAUACCUGGAAACCAGCUUCAUCUUGUGCAUCACAACUGCAUAAAUCCUUCUCCUUGUUUUUAACUCUAGCCAGUUAAGCAGGACCAGUCAGCCAACUGUGUUAGUCCUUUAGUUAUUUGACGCGCCUGUUCAUGGUUUAUUCUUGUGACCUAUGUUUUUACCCCAGCAUUUUGUGUACAUUUUCUUAUUGUCUUUUAUGCAAUUUUUUUCUUUCUGCACAGCACUUUGUAAAUCAG